GUAUCAGACGUAACCGCGCGCACACACGUCGCUUGCACGCGCCCGUUUUUUGGACAGGCAAGGAUACCACUCUUCUUUGCUUGUGUGUGGCUGUUUGACAGAUGGAGUUGGUUUGACUCCGAAGUCGGGCUGAAGGCAUUUGUGGAAAUAAACAAGAAAUUCGGGUUUUGCUGCCAUGAGAGUUGAACAACAGAGUGAACAUGGGGAAAACUCAACGAAUUCGAGCCUGAUGCUGAUCAACCAGCUGAGGGAGAUCACUGGCAUCCAAGACCCACAGAUCCUCCUCAGGGCCCUAAACGCCAGUCAGGGGGACAUUAGCCAUGCUGUUGGGCUGCUGACUACACAGCCGCCAGAGGAGGGCCAGGGGACUGAGGACACACCAGACACAGAAGUCAACAGGGAGGUCUGGGGGGCCCAGAAAGGUGCUCCUCCUAAAGAUGACCUUCAGACAGCCAUUGAGCUCAGCUUGCAAGAAUCCCAGGCAGAGGAGAGAGAGCUCAACAGGGCACUGGAGGCCAGUGUGGAGGACAGCGCUGCACGGGUGAAGAGGAAGCGCUGCGAGGCCCAAGGAGAGAGCUGCAGCCCUGCAGACUGGAUCCGUAAGGAGGAGUGGCCCGUGGGCAUCCGCAAUGUGGGCAACACCUGCUGGUUCAGUGCUGUCAUACAGUCCCUGUUCCACCUGCCAGUGUUCCGCAGAUUGGUACUUAACUACUGCCUGUCUGAGCGAAUCCUGGAGAAGUGUAAGAGCCACUCGGACAAGAGGAACAUAGCCUUCAUGCAGGAGCUGCGCUGUCUCUUUGCUCUCAUGGUGGGCUCCACUCGCAGGUUUGUGGACCCGUCUGCUGCCGUAGAGCUUUUGAGAGAUGCUUUCCGAUCCAGUGAGGCCCAACAGGUACACACUGAGGUCCAACAGGAUGUGAGUGAGUUCACCCACAAACUCCUUGACUGGCUUGAAGAUGCCUUUCAGCUGGCUGCUAAUGGAAACCCGGAAGAUAAAAAAGAAAACCCAAUGGUUCAGCUGUUCUAUGGGACAUUUGUGGCAGAGAGAACUCAUGCGGGCAAGACCUUAUCCAACAUCGAGCAGUUUGGCCAGUACCCCUUACAAGUGAAUGGUUUCAACAACUUGGAUGAAUGUCUUGAAGGCGCCAUGAUAGAGGGGGAGAUUGAAGCCCUACAUUUGGAUCAAACCAUUUCGUCUGGCAGCGAGAGGUGGUUCUCAAAGUUACCACCAGUGUUGACCUUUGAACUGUCCAGGUUUGAGUUCAACCAGUCUUUAGGACGCCCAGAAAAGAUUCACAAGAAACUGGAAUUCCCACAAAUCAUAUAUAUGGACAGAUACCUUCACAAGAACAAUGAGCAGAUCCACAACAGGAGAGAAGAGGUGAAGAGACUGAAGGAGCAGCUCAUAGUCCUGCAGCAGAAACUGGAGUGCUACAGAAACUAUGGCUCAGGGCCGACAAAGUAUCCACUGGCGGACAUGUUACAGUACGUGUUGGAGUUCGCCUGCACCAAGCCCACCAGUGUGUCCCCAGCUGAAGAUGUGAGGCUGGCUGCCUCUUCCCCCACUCCCCCCGGGAGCAACCUCAAGCACACACAGGGUAACCCUGAUGACACCAGUCAGUGCCAGGAGCCAGGAGACACAGGCCUGUCCGACAGCCCCACCUGCCAGCAGCAGCCCCCCUCGGGCCAGAGGACACCUAUCUUCAAGCCCUUCACCCAGUGUAGAGCCCCCAUGGACACCCCACCUCACCCCGCCCCCCACAGUGUGACCGAGGAGGAGCUGCGCUUUGUCAAGAUCUGCCUGCAGCGCUGGAGGUCAGAGGUGGAGAUCAACAUGAACGAGCUAAAGGCCAGCAUCGACAGGGUCAGCCAAGCACUGGAGGGCAUGUACUCGGAUAACAGCCUGUGUCAGGUUCCGUACAGGCUUCACGCCGUCCUCGUCCACGAGGGCCAAGCCUCGGCCGGCCACUACUGGGCUUAUAUCUACGACCAUGCCAACCAGCGCUGGAUGAAGUACAACGAUGUCAUCGUCAGCGAGUCCUCCUGGGAGGAGCUGGUCAGGGACUCGUACGGAGGCAUGACCAACGCCAGUGCCUAUUGUCUCAUGUACAUUGACGACAGGCUGCCUCACCUCAUCACAGAGGACACAGAUGACGAGACAGGCCAGGUCAUGCAGGCCAUGGACUCCCUGCCACCCAUCCUCAGGCAAUACGUGCGCGAAGACAACCGCUGGUUCCAGCAGGAGCUCAAGGAGUGGGAAGACCAGUUCUGCCAGCAGCCACAGGAGGAUCUGGUCUCUCCCACAGCAGCCGUCACCUCCACUCGUGCUCCCAGUAAAGACGACCCAGCAGAACCAGUCCCCCAAUCUGGCGCAGCCCAGGAACCCACUGGAGAACAGGAACAUGUGGCACAAUCGGUUGCUAUACCAGCUGUUGAAUCUGGAGAGCCAGUCUCAACAAGCCAGCCCCAGUCCCCGGUCCCUGUGUCACCGGAGAGUGUUGGCAGCAGCCCAGAGGAGUGCGACCACCAGGCUGUUUCUGUCACGCCAGAGCCCUGCCAACAUACCAGUGAGGACGAGGAGGGGCAGCAACACUGUCAGCUCCCCCCACCUCAGUCUCCGACCCCUGCAGCAGAGAUGAGUGGCCAGGCCCAGACUGCAGCUGUGACCCCUGACCCCUCCACAGACGUCACCACUGAGACCGACAGCGAGACGGGGUUCAGAGAGGCAGUGGCGGAAGCAGCAGCAGCGCCUGACACCCAGGCAGAUGGCGAGGAUGAUCAGGACGCCCCGGCGGCGACCAGAAGCAGGCAGCAGCAACCAGAGAAUGUGGUGUCGGAGGUGGAGAUCCCCAACGUGGGCAGGAUCCUGGUCCGGGCCGACACUGACGGCUACAAUGAAGAGAUGAUGCUAACUCCAGCCAUGCAAGGCAUCAUUAUGGCCAUAGCCAAAGCCAGACAGGUGUUUGACAAGGACGGUCCUGAGGCUGGCCUCAUCAAGGCGUUCCAGGAGGAGUACUCCCGUCUGUUUGAGUUGUCUCAGGAGGAGACCACUCCCCAGCAGGACCCGCGCCUGCACCACGCCCUGGUCUACUUCUUCCAGAACCAGGCGCCCAGUCGCGUCAUCGAGAGGACCUUGCUGGAGGGCUUCACCGACCGCAACCUCAGCUUCGACGACAGGUCCAUUAGUAUCAUGAGAGAAGCCCGCACCAAACUACGCCUCAUCAAGCCAGAGGAUAUGGAUAUGGAGGAAUAUAUGCAAUGGCAUGACGACUACAGCCUAUUCCGGACAGUGUUUGUCUACCUGCUGACGGGCCUGGAACAGUACCAGCAUGGAAAGGUGCGCGAGGCGCUGAAUUACCUCAACCACGCCUACAAAGACAACGCCAUGCUGCUGAGGAGAGGGGAGAAGAGAGGGAUGGAGCAGUCCCUUAUUGCAUUUUACAGAAGGAGGUGUCUCAAAGAGAUGAAUGACAACGCGGCCACCCUGUUCAGGAGCGGCGAGGUGAGCGACGUGGAGGAGGGCAUGAUCAUCAUGAACGAGGCGGUCAUCCCCUGCAUGCACCUGAUGAGCCGGCCGGACAUGGUCAGCCAGGAAGACCUGGACACCAUGGAGGCUGUCCGCAACCACUGGUGCUCCUACCUGGGAGUAGACCUGGAUGACUCCCUACAGGAGAAGCUGGGUGAGUUUCUGCCCAGGGUUUUGGACUGCUCAACAGAGAUGGUGGUUCUAAAAGAUCCACCAACAGUGCGCUCCAAAGUGCCCCACGACCUGUGCAGCCGCCUGGCCGCCAUCAUGGAGUCUAUCACCAACACCUCUGUGGUCGCCGUCAAGUAAGGCCAAGGGGUCAGAGGUCAGCUUCUGAGAAUAAGUGUCAGGGCCCGUACGCCAGCCGACGGCCGCUAACGUUUUUGUCCUGAUGUAGAGUUGACAAACACUGGAUUUCUGCCUAGUAUUGCAAAGCAGUUUUUUACAUGACUUUUUAAUGUGCUUUUACCACAUUUUUCUAAGCUGAAAAAUGUUGUAGAUGCUGAGUGACUUGAGGCAGAGUUCAUACGCUCAUAUGAUACUCACAGAGACAUCAAGGAGAGUUUGAGAGAUGUCUUUAUUAUGCAUUAUUAAGGUAUUAGUGCUUUGAACCUAUGCAGGUGUGUUUUAAGAAAGUGAAAACACAAGAAAGAGUAUUUUUAUAGUUUCCUAGAUAUUUUACAUUUAUCAUGAUGAAUUAGGAUUGCUGUGAGCAUAGAAAUUCAGUUUUCUUUGUCCAAACCUAUCUUGUUUUGUAUUCUCUUGUUUAUAUAUGUAAUCCUUUCCUUCCACUCCUCUGAUUUCCACUUGUUGAAACCUGUAUUGACACUCAAUAAACUUUCAAACUUUCUGUU